AUGGAGGAUCGGAUGGAGGAUCGGAUGGAGGAUCGGAUGGAGGAUCGGAUGGAGGAUCGGAUGGAGGAUCGGAUGGAGGAUCGGAUGGAGGAUCGGAUGGAGGAUCGGAUGGAGGAUCGGAUGGAGGAUCGGAUGGAGGAUCGGAUGGAGGAUCGGAUGGAGGAUCGGAUGGAGGAUCGGAUGGAGGAUCGGAUGGAGGAUCGGAUGGAGGAUCGGAUGGAGGAUCGGAUGGAGGAUCGGAUGGAGGAUGUCCAAGGAGCACACUUACUUCCAUAUAUUUUCUUGCUGGUGGUCGUUAUGGCUAAUGAGUAUUUUGAGGCCGAAUCGGGGAAUCGUGUUCACUGCAAGUUAUCGGCCGGCAGGAAAGGUUUAAGGCUGCAGUUCCAAGUGGAAGCGGAAUCCGGAAUCCGGAAUUCAGAACUCUCGAGCGACCCGCGGCGUGCGUGA